GCGGCGCAGAGGCUCUCUCGCCACCCGGCCUUCUCGCACCUGCGGGUUCUGGAGGCCACAGCCCGCGCCGGUGGCCGCAUCCGUUCGGAGAGCAGCUUCGGUGGUGUGGUGGAGGUUGGUGCUCACUGGAUCCAUGGCCCCUCCCAGGGCAACCCCGUCUUCCAGCUGGCUGCUGAGUUUGGGCUGCUGGGCAAGAAGGAGCUGUCAGAGGAGAACCAGCUGAUCGAGACCGGAGGUCACGUGGGCCUGCCCUCUGUGACCUACACCAGCUCGGGGGGAAGUGUGAGCCCUGAGCUGGUGGCGGAGAUGGCCGGUCUGUUCUAUGGUCUCAUAGACCAGACCAGGGAGUUCCUGCACGCGACCGAGAACCCCGUGCCCAGCGUUGGGGAGUUCCUCAAAAAGAGGAUCCAUCAGCACAUGGCCUGCUGGACAGAGGACGAGAAGACUAAGAAGCUCAAGCUGGCCAUCCUGAACAGCCUGUUCAACCUGGAGUGCUGCGUGAGUGGUACGCACAGCAUGGACCUUGUGGCCCUCGCGCCUUUCGGGGAGUACACUGUGCUGCCAGGGCUGGACUGCACCUUUGCUGGGGGCUACCAGGGGCUCACGAGCCGCAUGAUGGCCUCCUUGCCCGAGGAUGUGAUGGUUUUUAACAAGCCUGUGAAGACUGUUCACUGGAAUGGGUCCUUCCAGGAAGCCUCUGCUCCUGGGGAGACGUUUCCAGUGCUGGUGGAGUGUGAGGAUGGAGACUGCUUCCCGGCACAUCAUGUUGUUGUCACCGUGCCCUUAGGUUUUCUGAAGGAGCAUCUGGACACCUUCUUUGAGCCUCCGCUGCCCAGUGAGAAGGCAGAAGCCACCAGGAAAAUAGGCUUUGGGACCAACAAUAAAAUCUUUCUGGAGUUUGAGGAACCCUUCUGGCAGCCGGACUGCCAGUACAUCCAGCUGGUGUGGGAGGACACGUCGCCCCUGGAGGAUGCCACCCUCAAGCUGCAGGACGCCUGGUUCAAGAAACUUAUUGGCUUUUUGGUCCUGCCUGCCUUCAAGUCUGCCCACGUGCUCUGCGGCUUCAUUGCUGGGCUGGAGUCUGAGUUCAUGGAGACACUGUCGGAUGAAGACGUGCUCUUGUCUCUGACCCAGGUGCUUCGCCGGGUGACAGGGAACCCGCAGCUCCCCGCACCCAGGAGUGUGCUGAGGUCGCGCUGGCACAGUGCCCCGUACACCAGGGGCUCCUACAGCUAUGUGGCCGUGGGCAGCUCCGGGGACGACAUUGACCUGCUAGCUCAGCCCCUCCCUGCAGACGGCAAGGAGGCCCAGCCCCAGGUGCUGUUUGCGGGAGAAGCCACACACCGGACGUUUUACUCCACCACGCACGGGGCUCUGCUGUCCGGCUGGAGAGAGGCUGACCGGCUCAUUGCUUUGCAGGACCCGCAUGCCCAGCAGCCCGGACCCAGGCUGUGAGCCCCCUGCUCACUCUGAGCCCAGCUCUGCCACUCCGGAGCUGGGGGUCCUUUCCUCUGAUGGACGACGUUCAGUCUGGCUCGAGACUGCAGAUGUUAGUGUCACUGGGGGUCAGCUGUCUCAUUUCUCAAGUCGCUG